AUGGCACCUGUGCAAAUGGAGUCCCUGUGCUGUGAGCAGAAGGCUGCGAAGGUCUCUCUAGCUGAGGUUCUGAGGUGCUUCGAGCACCCCAUAAGCGAGGAGCAAGCCUGGGCUAUUUGCUUUCAGUGCUGCUGCAAAAUGAAGCAAUUGGCGCAGGGGCUGUACCCAUCGCUCCAUUCUGUGUUCAUAAAAGGCCCUGGGAGCAUCUUUAUCCAUGCUGAUGGCACUGCUUCCUUCAGGGUGUACCAUAAAUCUGAUGUUGGCAACAUUCAGCAGUCAGAGGACAAGCUGCUGGAGUACUUGGGAGUGGUGAUCUAUGAAGCCCUGGACUGGGGAAUCGACAGCCAAGUGGAGCGAGAACUGAGUGAUCCCCUGGAGAAGCUGCUCUGCCUCAUGUUGAAACUGGAUGACGAGGCAAUGAAGCCAGUGGUCACCCUGCAGGAUGUUAUCAAGGCCUGUGAAGAGCGCUUGUCCAUGCCUUCUGAGGCUAAGAGCCAUUAUGAAAUGACCUGUAGGAGUCUUUUUACUGAAUUUAUGGAACUUCAGAAGCUUGUCUCCAUCAUCCAUACCUCCAAAGAGAGUCUGAGAAAAAUGGAUGUUGAAGAUUUGCUGGAAACCCCCCUGCAGAAGAAGGAAAAACAGUGGGCACCCCUGUGGCCCAGUGUCAUCUGUGAGCUGCAGGGUGGUGUGAGGCUGCACAAGGCCACUGAACGACCACAGCGCCCUGCCCCCCUCAAAGAGCGUGCCCUCUCCCCCUAUGAAUUACUUCUGGAUGACAUUCAGCACAAGAGGUACAACCUUCGGAAGGUGACCAUCGAGCAAAAACGCAGAACCCCCAGCGAUGAUGUAGCUGCUUCCAAGCCUCACCUAAAACCUGUGCUGCAGAGGAAGCUGAAAGAGUGCGUGCCACAGGAGUCCAGGUGGCACGAACAGCUCCUGGCAGAAAUAAAACGACCACAGACGCUUCAGCCAUCCACAGCAAGGGAAAGCGGGGCCAGGCCCAAAGAAAUGCCUGUGAUGCCCAAAAUCACCUUGAGAUCUCCAAGUGAUCGUUUCUUAACGUUUCAAGAUGCCAGUACAGAGUUUAAAACUGUCAAUGCUAUAGCACAGCACUUGUCCUCUGAUUUACAGGAACCUACUCCCAAGCUGUCUUCCAGCACCCACCUUGCCUCAGCCAGGCCAUCAGCAGUGUCCUGCAAGAGCACAGGUCUCACUGCAGAUUGUACACGUCCUUCCGUGAGUGCACCCAUGCUAGCAGGCAUCAAAUCUGACUGUUCCCUGAACAUUGGCCAACAGCAGCUGCCUCCUUACAGAGCAAGAUCCAAAUCUUUAGAGAGUGGCCUUCAAAGCAAGGAACUUGACUGUCACCUUCCUAGUACAUGGCCGUCACCAACCAUUGCUGAACUGAUUGGAACCAGAUAUGCAACGAGAAUGCUGGAAGGAGAAGGCCAAGGAGGCAGUGAUGGUGCCUCUUCAAGAGGAAAGAUCUGUUUCAGCUGCCGUAAGCAGAUGUUUCUUAAGUGGCCUUACAGCUGUUACCUCUGCAGCAGUGUCGUCUGCUGUGACUGCUGCAUCAAGGCAAGUCUAGUCUUUACAACAGCAAAUCUUUUUUUUUUUUUUUUUCUGCACCUCACCUAG